UAAUACAGCGUCAAGGGGAAACGGACUCGCAGGGCCACCGGGAGGGCGCGUUUCACAGACGUCGGAGCCCUGCUAAGGACUUUAGGGUUUCGCUGCUGAGAUCGAUACGCUUCGAACAGGCUCAGAGUUUGGGAUUUCCCGCGCUCCGCCUCUUCUCCAUCCAUGGAGGCAGUGGUGGUCGACGCCGGGUCGAAGCUCCUUAAAGCUGGCUUCGCUUCACCCGAUCAAGAUCCCGCCUUGAUAAUGCCGACCAAGAUGAAGCGCGUGGUGGAGGAUGGAGACGGGGGUGACGCGUCUAUGAUUGAGGAGGUGACAGUGGAUCCGGUGGUGAGGGGAUUCAUCAGAGACUGGGAUGCGAUGGAAGACUUGCUUCGCCAUGUUCUUUACACCGACCUUGGAUGGGAGGUCGGCGACGAAGGGCAGAUUCUGUUUGCCGAGCCACUCUUCACUCCGAAGGCUAUAAGAGAACAACUAGUGCAACUAAUGUUUGAAACGUUCAAUGUUUCAGGCUUUUAUGCCUCUGAACAAGCAGUUUUAUCACUCUAUGCGGUAGGACGUAUCUCAGGAUGCACUGUUGACAUUGGACAUGGGAAAAUAGAUAUUGCACCAGUUUGUGAAGGUGCUGUUCAGCACAUAGCCUCAAAAAGGUUUCAAAUUGGGGGAAUUGAUUUGACUAACUUACUAACACAAGAACUUCGCAAAUCCAAUCCCUUAAUGAACACCGACAUUUCUGAGGUUGAGAAGUUGAAGGAGCAAUAUGCACGGUGUGCAGAAGAUCAAGUUGCCUUUGAAGAGACGCAAAGAACAUGGCCUAAAGAGACGCACACCCUUCCUGAUGGUCAGACUAUAACUAUUGGACGGGAGGGCUAUAUUGUUGGGGAAGCUCUAUUUCAACCAUCAAUUUUGGGCUUAGAGGAGUAUGGGAUAGUUGAGCAGCUGGUUCGCAGCAUCUCAAGCGUUUCUUCUGAGAACCUUCGUCAACUACUUGAAAAUACCAUGCUUUGUGGUGGUACAGCAUCUAUGUCUGGUUUUGAAGAGCGGUUCCAAAAGGAAGCUAAUCUAUGCUCUUCAUCCAUUCGACCAUCACUUAUUAAGCAACCAGAAUACAUGCCAGAGAACUUAUCCAAGAAUUCAGCCUGGAUGGGUGGUGCUAUAUUGGCUAAAGUUGUUUUCCCUCAAAACCAGCAUGUCACCAAGGGAGAUUAUGAUGAGACGGGACCGGCAAUUGUUCACAAGAAGUGCUUCUAGUUGUAAAUUGCCAGCAUAGUAUAGGCUGCUAUCUACUAAUCCGCAUACGUGCUAAUCAUGAUUAUUCUAUUUGUAGCACUUAUGUUUUCGCAAUUACUUUGGCAAUUCUAGAAAGUAGAGACAAGCAUCUGAUUCUCUUAUGCCGUUUUCCUCCUUUCAGGUAAAAUAUCUUAUGGGAAAUGACUGUGUGCCAAAAGGUAAAGCUCAUUCAAGAUUUGGCUUGCUCUUAUGAGACUGAAUGAGUGUACGACAUUCUACUAAUCACCCGGAAUGGGUUACAUGCUCAAAUAUUUAGCAUGGACUAGGUAUUAUGUUUGCACAUUGAUUUUUGUUGAUUUAAUCUGCAUACUGUUGGAUGAUGCA